AUCCAUCAAAAAUGAUCAAAUUCUGAUAAAAAUAAAAAAUAUUAAUAUAUUGUGCAAUAUCAAACAGUUUCAAUUCUUCAACGAGAUAUUUUAUGUGAAUAUGAAGAUUUCCAAUUUUAUCAUUUUUCUUGUAUCAUAUUUCAAUGGAGUUGAUAGGCAUGUUUCAUGAAAGAGUAUUUUGCAUUCUUGCUUAUUAUAAUACAAUAUUUGUACCGCGCAUCAUAAUGCCGUAACGCAAAUUGUAUGCAUUAGCAUUGCUUUUAUCAUUGAAUUAUUCUGACAUCAAGACUGUUAUUAAGUUAUAUGAUUGAAAAAAAUAAUAUGUGUUACCAUUUAAUGAUCGUUGAAAUAUUACUUAUAUGAUAUAUCCAUGUGAUUUUCGAGUUAUAAAUAUCAUAAUUAAAUAUUGAAACAAAUUCUUAAAGUAGAAAAAUCAGAAAAAUUACGAUCAGUUUAAAGAAUCAUGGCUAAAAAAUCUCAAGAAACGAAGGAGUGGAAUAUUGCUAGAAUGGGAAUUUCUUUGCUUUUAAAUAAUAAAACGGAGGAAGCAGAAAGCUUAUUUAUCAAACAUCCACAUAGUUUUCAUAUAAAAGCAGGUCGCUGCUUUGUUUUGUUCAUGAAUGCUUUGAUGACUUUUGAAAACGAUAAGCUUCAACAAGCCAUAUCAUUGCUGAAGGAUAUGGAAAGGGAAUGUGCAAAUGAUAUAGGAUGGUUAAAAUCUAUGAAGAGCAAAGUCUUUAAAGCGGAAGAAACUGACAAAGACUAUAUAAAUAAAUUGGAAAGGCAAAUUGUUCUGGCAGACUCGCAAGUCUGUUCGGCGAUAUUAACAUUAUUACAACAAGAACUUACUGGUUAUGUACGUGGUGGUUGGAUGUUACGUAAAGCUUGGCGAGUUUAUCAACAUGCACAUUCGCAAAUCUUACAACUAUAUUACCGCACCUUUGGUUCUAAUCCAUGGGGAUUUGAUACAAGAUGCAGUACUCCUUCCUGUAAUGGUUCUUCUUACUCAUUGCAAAGUCCACAUAGUCCAGGUUCUUCAGAAUGGUCUAUACCAUCUUCCAAUGGUUCAACAAACAACUUGACACCGAUCUCAUCCCCUUCAGGUCUGCGAAGCUCACUAUCAAUGUUCUUCUCGCUCACUGGCAUCACGUCCGAACAACAGACACCCUUCGUUGAACCUAAUGAGGUCUCCCGAUUGAUGUCUGCAGUUAGUUUCGGUUAUGGAAUUUAUCAGCUAUGUGUCAGUUUAUUACCACCUUCUCUUUUAAAAGUGAUCCACUUUUUGGGUUUCGAAGGUGAUAGAGAAGCGGGACUCACUGCAUUGAUGUAUGCUCGACUUAGUGAGGAUAUGCGAGCUCCUCUUGCCUCUUUAUCUCUACUUUGGUAUCACACAAUUGCACGACCAUUUUUUGCUCUUGAUGGAAGUAAUCUCCGUGCCGGUGUAAACGACGCCAAACAAUUAAUUACAGAAUGUCAUCCAGAGUUUAAUAAUUCUGCUCUUUUUCUUUUUUUCGCUGGUCGAAUAGAGAGGCUUGAGUCAAAUGUAAAUGGUGCUCUUCAAGCAUACGCAAAAGCUGUUGAAGCUUCGAAUCAAAGAGAGAUUAAAUUAUUGUGUCUACACGAGGUUGCUUGGUGUCAUCUGAUUCGUUUAAGUUAUGAAAAAGCUUACAAAUCUUUGACACAAUUGCGACAGCAGUCUCGAUGGUCCGUGAGCUUUUAUGCUUAUUUAGCAAUCGUUUGUUGUGGAGCGAUUGGUAAAUUUGAUAUUGUGGCUUCAUCUUAUCGAAAGAUUCUUCACUGUGACAAUCGAAUGAGUAAAGAAACACAAUUAGGUUUAUUCGUUUUACGUCGAAUACCUAAACUCCUAGAUCAAGAGACCGGACAGCCUUAUACAAUUUUGUACUACAGACUGCUUAUUUAUGAAUUAUUAUAUUUAUGGAAUGCUAUGCCGUCCUGUUCUGUUGAUUUGUUACAAGGAAUACUUUUAGGUCCAUCAAAAAAUCAAAUCCAAGAUUAUGAGUACGAUCCGAUGAGCGUUCGAAACACGUACUGCUGUGUAAAUGGAGGAACCUGUCCAGCUAUUAUAUUGAAUUCCUCUCGAUCUCCUUGGUAUUAUAAAUUCAUCAAACCAUUUGUAUUUUGCAUUAUUACAUCGUUAUUAGCAAUGUCCGUGUCUCAUUUGUGCGACAAAUAUUCAGCUAGUGCCACAUUCAAGAUAAUCAGAUCCGAUUUGGUGAAUCUACGAACGCAUUUAAAUACUCUUUCGAUGGAAGUAAAGAAUGUAAUGGAGACACGAGACGAUUUAAAGAGUAAGUUGAAAGAGGUUGGAUAUGUGAUACCAAAAAUGUCUGAGGCCAUUCUCUAUUUAAGAAACGAAGUAUCCGAGGGGAUGGAAUUGCACACGAAAGCGUUGCUAAAGGCUAUGUCUCCAGAGGCCGUUCGAGAAUUGGUGAAGAACGAAUUGCAAACGUAUGACGCUGACAAAACUGGAAGAACGGAUUAUGCGCUUGCAAAUUCAGGUGGUGCAAUUCUUUCGACGAGGGAUACAGAAACAUAUUCAGCUGGUGCACCGGUAUUGAAACUUUUUGGAAUACCGAUCUGUCAGCAACAAAAUAUACCUCAGGCUAUAAUUCAGACUGGUGUCCUCCCAGGUGAAUGUUGGGCAUUUAAAGGCAGUAGAGGAGAUGUUGUCAUACAAUUACUCGGUUUUGUACACAUAACUGGAGUAAGUCUGGAACAUAUUCCACAAUCGAUUUCUCCCACAGGAGAAACGAGUACUGCCCCAAAAGAAUUUUCUAUUUGGAAAGGAAGCACUCAUUAACAACUUAUGAAAACUUCGACAAAGAGGAAAGAACAAAGAGAAGUCGCCAAUUAUCUUUGAUCGCUCGAAGCGCGGGCACCACUACCGCACGAAGGUUCGUCAACGUUUGUCAACGUUAGAAGGCAUAGAAUUGUUUUUACUUUAUUAUACUUCUUCUUAUUUUUUUUCUUAUUUUUUUUUUCUAUUUUUUUUCCUCUCUUUGUUUAUAAUUUGUUGAAUUUAUCUCCGACAAUCGUUAAAUAUUACCGCACGCGGUAGUAUCAAAAUAAACCACACCGAGUAUAUAGUAUAGAAUAUUCAUAAGUGUAUGUAUAUACAGUAGAGUUUCUAUAUAAUUUAUAUAUUUAUGUGUUAUACAUUAUUAUUUUUUUCUCUUCACUUCUCACCCAUACAGUCCCAUACUUGUUCUUGUUUUAUGUUUUUUCAUUUUAUUUUUAUCAAAAAAUCGCACGCUACCUGUUUUCUUUUCUAUUUUUGCUUCUCUAUUUAUCGUAUCUUUUUAUUCUUUGUUCUUAUUCUCAUUUCGCUAUUUCUCUCUCCCCCCCUCUCUCUCUUCAUCUAAUAUUCACUUUUGUUGCUUUCAUUGCAUUUUUCUUUUCUUCUUUCUUUCUCUCUCCUUUCUUUUAUGUAGGAAAUUACUAUGAUUAAAGUAUAUCACAGAUGUUAAUGAGAAGAACGUUCUAGAACGCGAGAAAGAAACGAAGAGAAGGAAACGAAGAGAAUAUUUCGUCAGUCGCCGCAGGAUUAUUCGGAAGUACACGGCAGCUGUUAUCUGCAUAGCUUUCCAUGUGAACCCGUCGAAGUAAUACCAAUUGACAUAGAGAUUACAUAAAUUGUAUGAGUUUCAAUUUGUAUUAAAGAUUAUCACAACAUCGAAAUUAGUCUUAAGUUUCUAAUUGUAUUUUAUCUCGAACUCCGAGCUAAUCGUCGAAUUUUUUUUUUCUUUUUUUAUUUUAUAUAGAGUUAGCUUGAAAGAGGUGACAAAAAUACCAUUAUAAUUGAUUAAACUAUAAACUGGUUGUUCAUUAUUUUAGUCAAUCGUAACAAUAUUUGUUCGAUCUUAUCCUUCUUCUUUGACCAUACACUACGUUGGUUCUGAGGAUAUUUUAUUAUGAAGCUCUUAACUAAUAUUAAUACACAAUAUUCCUUUUUUUUUUGUAAUUUUUCUUUAUUUCCGCAGCUAAAAUCUUUGUCUCGCGAUCAUGAAAAGACUAUGCUAUUUUUUAUUUUUGUUUCUUCUUUUAUAUUCCGAAACUGUUUUUUUUAUCUAGAUUUUCUGGCACUUCGGUAAUGACCAUUUUAUUAUUAUUAUUUUUUUUUUCCUUCAUUAUUUUCCACAUUUUUAAUUUGGCACGUUUCGUUCCUCCUGUCGAGAGCUAUUCACGAUCUACCGUGGCUCUCGAAACUUUCCUGCGAACGACACACGUUUAUUUUUAUUCGACGAGUUGGAGAAAAAGGAAAGGCGAGAAAGUGUGGUCCGAUUAAUUGCAAUUGUCGCGUAGACUCGACAAAUUUGUUUUUUUUCUUUUUUUUCUUUUUUUAUUUUUUUCUUUUUUUGUUCUCAAGUUCACCUAAUGACUAUGUAAAUUUCUCUAAUUAUCGACGCAGAAACUACGUCAUUUUUCAUCCUACCAAUUCCUACGAAUCGAUUUCCACGAUGUAUUUUUUUCACAGAACAUAAGAUCGGUUCCGUUGGCAAUAAUAGAUUGUCAUAGGUUUUUCAUUUUUUUUUUCUUUUUUUUUUCUUUUUCUUUUUAGAUGCUUUUCGCUUUUCGUUUUAUGCAUGUUAAAAUUCACGCUUGACGCGCACGCACAAUCUCUCAUUCACGUUUUCUGUUUCUUCCUUUUCAUUCCGCACGUUUCAAGACGCA